AUGCCGGAAGGGGCGAGAGUGCGCGGGACCAGGCCCGGAACAAACUGGGAAAUUGAUUUCACUGAGAUUCGCCCCGGCAGGUAUGGGAUUAAAUAUCUAUUAGUGUUUGUAGACACCUUUUCUGGCUGGACUGAAGCUUUCCCGGUAAAGAAGGAGACGGCACAGGUGGUCGUCAAGAACAUUUUUGAAGAAAUCUUCCCGCGGUUUGGCCUUCCCAAGGUAUUGGGGUCCGACAACGGGCCAGCUUUUGUCUCUCGGUAUGAAAUACUCUAUGGAGGGCCUCCCCCACUUGCCGAUUUACUAGGACCUAGUAUUGACUCUUAUGCCACUUCCCCCAGCCUGCAGACCCGACUGAAAGCUCUGCAGCUGAUCCAGAGACAAGUCUGGAAGCCUCUGGCUGCAGUAUAUCAGUCCAAGUGUCCGGUGGUGCCUCACCCGUUCCAGAUUGGAGACUCCGUCUACAUCCGCAGACAUCAGUCCAAAACCCUCGAGCCGCGUUGGAAGGGCCCUUACACCGUUCUGCUGACAACUCCCACCGCGGUAAAAGUCGACGGAAUCGCCGCCUGGGUUCACGCGUCCCAUGUGAAGCGAGCCCUACCGGAGGAGGAUAAAACUCAGGACGACUGCCCCGCUGACCGGACAGUAUGGAAGGCACAACGCACUCAAAACCCACUCAAGAUAAGACUCUUAAAGACUGUUUAGUGCUUGU